UUUCUGCCUUGACACCGGUACUUCCCAUAACCACCCGCAAUCUCGCGUCACUUCCUCAACGCGGAAGUGACGUCGACGUUACCCAUCGGCCCUCUGAUGUUUGGUAGAUGUUAGCUUCUGCAGCGACAAGAGAAUUUGGUGAAUCCAUUGUUGCUGUGGAGAUCCAGUUGUCACUAUGGGUGAAAGAAAAGGAACCAACAAGUACUACCCUCCAGACUUUGAUCCAGCCAAGCAUGGAUCCCUCAACGGCUACCAUAAAACUCACGCUCUGCGGGAGAGGGCCAGGAAACUGUCCCAGGGUAUCCUCAUCAUCAGGUUUGAGAUGCCCUACAACAUCUGGUGUGAUGGCUGCAAAAAUCACAUUGGAAUGGGGGUCCGUUACAAUGCGGAGAAGAAGAAAGUGGGGAACUACUACACCACGCCAAUCUACAGGUUUAGGAUGAAGUGCCAUCUGUGUGUCAACUACAUCGAGAUGCAGACAGAUCCGGCAACCUGCGACUAUGUGAUAGUAAGCGGCGCGAGUAGGAAGGAGGAACGCUGGGACAUGGCUGAAAACGAGCAGAUCCUCACCACAGAGCGGACAGAGAAGGAGAAGCUGGAGACGGAUGCCAUGUUUAAACUUGACCACGGUGGAAAAGAUAAGGAGAAGCUGCAGAAGGCCCUGCCUUCUCUGUCAGAAAUCCAGGAGUACCAGUCCGGCUGGAAGGACGACUUCCAGCUCAACAGCGCCCUCCGCAGGAAGUUCAGGACGGAGAAGAAAGUUCUGGCUGAGCAGGAGGAGAAGGACAACGCAGUGAGGAUGAGGACCAACCUGUCCAUCCCCCUGCUGCCAGAGAAGGAGGAGGACAAGAGGCUGGCAGCACUGCUCACCUACCAGUCACCUGACUCCUACGAGGACAAGCAGCACAGCAAGCGGAAAGAGAUCUCAUCUCGGUCUUGGUUCAGCUCCCCGUCAGCCACACCCGGAGGUGCUGCAGGCAGUCUGCUCCAUAAGCUCGGCCUGCAGGGGAAGGAAGCGGCCGUGGCCAAAGCCCUGGGCUCCUCGCACAGCCCCCUGAUCCGCAAACGCACAGCAGGACCGGGAGUCAAAACCGAACCCUGCGCCACCAUCACUCGCAUGCAGUCACACACUGAUAUCAGCAUGUGUGACGGAGAGACUUCAAAGCUCAGUCAGAGAGAGGACACUCCCAGAGUGUCAGCCCCACAGGUGGGACGGGAGGGAACGGAGACAAAUGUCAGCGGCUCCACAGAGACGCGUGGCAAAAGCACACAGGAAGCAGAUGAUGGACUGACAGAGGCGAAGGAGAAGGAAGAGGACAGACGUUUGGGAGCUGUCACGUCCCUCGUGGCAGACUACAGUGACUCAGAUUCAGAGUCUGGACACUGAGGCUCAACAAGAAGUUGAAUGGGACAGUUUUCACUGAAUGGAGUUCAGAAGUCGAAGGCUGCGUUCCACAUCGCAUACCUUUACUUUUUACUUGUAGAACUGCGGCUGCCCUGAUGAGGUCCUCCUGCUCGCACAUUCGUCACCGUCCAUAGUGUGAGAUUAGACAUGAAAAGAAGCACCUGAAUGUGCUGUCUGUCUGUCUGUGCUCUCAGCGUCUCGGUCCAUGUGACGUACAGUAUGUGACGAUGUAUGCAGAGGACUGUGGGUCAGAACAGGCAGGACAACACUCUGUGUGGAUGCAGUCGGACAUCCUGGUAUUUUUGGCCUACUGCAUUUAAUGUGCUGCGUAUUUGGACUUUUUGAUCUUUUCCCAGCAUACUGAACUGUGUGGUUGUGCAGAUACAUGAAUGCAGCCAGUGUGUGAUUUUGUGAGAGUGAAACACAAGCAUAAGGUGAUUGUCACAGCUGCAGACAUCUGCUCUACGUUGUGUUCCUUUAAACAGCUGUGGUCAACUCAUCUGUCUGGUCACGUGUUCUGUUUCCUACAGCGAAAUGUGUCAAAUAAGAUUUUAAUUUUAAUCCUGCAGAAUUAACUGUCAUGAAUGUGUCAUAUGAUCAUCAGGCCUGUUGAUAAGACCUUUGUGCAAACACUACACACUCAGCUUGUAAUGGUAUUUAAUUGUGUUUAGUUUCCCAUGUGUGUGACUGGAUGACAAAACUGUCAGGUAAAAUUAAAUGCAAAAUGCUGUACGAAA